AUGGCGGUGAAUGGUUUAUACGUAGUUCAGGGUGAAGCCAACGCUGUGGUAGCAUUGUUGAAAAAAACGCACCGAAACUGGUCCCAUCAUCAGCAACAGAUUCAUUUAGGACAUUCAUUACUUGAUGAAACCGACCCAUUAUUAAGGAAUUUCGCAGAUCUAAGAGAUGUUUUCAAUUCUGUAAACGAUUUGUCGGAUAUGAAUCCAGACACAUUCCUAAGUCCAUUUCUGGAUGUGAUACGUUCUGAUCAAACCAAUGGUCCAGUAACGGCGCAAGCUUUAUCGUCCGUUGCUAAAUUUCUUAGUUAUGGAUUAAUUGAUAGUUCAAGUAUAAAAGCAUCAAAUGCAGUAGAAAAUAUUGCGGAUGCCGUAACACAUGCAAAAUUUAUUGGUAGUGCUGACAGUGGCAGAGAUGAAGUCGUUCUGCUAAAAAUUCUUCAGGUACUGCGUACUCUUAUGCUUACACCAGUUGGACGAUUGCUCUCCAAUGAAAGCGUUUGCGAAAUGAUGCAAAGUUGUUUUCGGAUCAGUUUUGAACCUGCUUUAAGCGAACUUUUACGUGAAGUUGCUGAAGCUACCUUAUCUGAUAUGACUCAGCUAUUAUUCACUAGGCUACCUACAUUUCAAGAAGAUAUUCGUCAUCCGUACAUCCGAAAAUUGGUAAAACGUGCUGGUCAUUUAGCGGGAAAGAGAAAGAGACGAAAGACUUACUUUAAUGAUAUUGUAAAGAAUGAAAAAGGGGAAAAGCACGACAUUGAGAAUGAUGUCCUAGCACUUCGACAAUCGAAGAAAGAAGAUGUGGAGUUGAUGCCAGAAAAAAAUAGCCAUGAAAGCGGUAACGGCGUUGGAUCGGUGCAAAAUGCUGAUCUAUUAAAUUCGAUCGAAGUGGUGUCAUUUUUACAAAGUAAAGAUAGAAAGCUGCUUGAAAAUAAUCCUCGAGCCGCUGUUAUCGAUGGAGCAGAAACAAUUGGUAUCGACUCUCAUCAGCAUUUGACUGAACAGCCCGAAACUGUCGAGUGUUAUGGCACUACUACCGCUAAUGAGCUAUCUAGCGAAUUUUUCGAAGCAGUAAGACUUGAUUCAGAUGAUGGUGUUUUGCCAGACAAUGAUGAUAGUUCUAAAUCAUCUGAGGAAGAGAAUAACGAGAAGGGACGAGUGAUCAGAAAAAGGAUAAAAAAUCCUGAAGAGAUGGUGAAGCCAAUAUCCGAUUAUGAAAAGGAAAAUUUUGUAUUAAAUGAUGAAAAACUGACACCCUUCACAGAGACAAUUGCUUCAAAUUCAACCGCUCACAUACCAUACGGUAUACCGUGUGUCCGUGAACUACUCAGGUUUUUAAUUGCCCUGACUAAUCCAUUGGAUCGUGCUAAUACGGAAUCAAUGAUUUUGAUGGCUUUAAAUUUGCUCACUGUUGCACUCGAAGCUGGCGCUGAUCAUGUGCGCAAUUUUUCGUUAUUGAUGCCGCUGGUGAAAGAUGAACUUUGUCGGGCGCUGUUACAACUUUUGGAUACCGAAAAGUUACCCGUGUUCGCUGCAACAAAUCGUGUCUGUUUCCUGCUGUUUGAGGGUCUUCGUUCGGACUUGAAAUUCCAAUUUGAAAUGUAUUUUCUAAAGUUGCAAUCAAUCGUAACCAGUGAACAGACCCGUAUUAGUUAUGAACAGAAGGAGAUGGCACUGGAAAGUAUUGUGCAGUUAUGGCGUAUAGCAGGACUAGUUACGGAAAUUUAUUUGAAUUAUGAUUGUGAUUUAUACUGCUCAAAUCUUUUUGAAGAUCUUACUAAACUUCUUCUUGAAAAUGCGUUUCCUGUCCUGGGCCUACGUUCUAUCAAUUUACUAUCGCUUGAUGGUUUGCUGACUGUAAUUGAUACGAUUGAUAAUAACUGUGUGUACAGACAGGCUGGUGGUGUUCAUCACAAAACCGCUAUUUCAACUUCGAUACCGAUGCAGAUGCAUUUACCAGCUAUCAGUGGAUAUGCUUUUGGGAGACAGAGUGCGAUCGAUGAAACUUUAUCAGUUACUGCGGCGGGGAAAACGGCGCUUCUUGAAACAUUUUUACCUUCUUCGGCAUUGCACGCAAAUCGGAUGGCUCCGUCGUCUGCUCUUCCAUCAAUUAUAGAAGUUAUCGAAAGGAAAAAGAAAAAACGAAUUAUUACAGAAGCGACGGAAUUAUUCAAUCAAGAUCCGAAGAAAGGAAUCGAAUUCCUUAAGGAGAAGAGAAUUUUAAAAUCACCAUUAGAUCCUGUAGAUGUUGUGGCAUGGUUAAAAGAGAAUCCACAUCUCGACAAAAAGCGGAUUGCCGAUUACAUCUGCAGCCGAAAAAAUGCCGCUGUGUUGGAUGCGUUUGUUCGGUCAUUCCCAUUCGGAAAUACUCGUCUGGAUGACGCUUUACGUAUGUUUCUGGAAACAUUUAGAUUACCUGGAGAAGCUGCAGAAAUCUCAAUGGUAAUGCAGCAUUUUGCAGAUCACUGGUAUAUUGCAAACGGUGAACCCUUCAACCACGUUGAUGCAGCAUUCACGUUAGCCUAUGCAGUCAUUAUGCUCAACACAGAUCAACACAAUCCACAGGUGCGGAAAAAUCAACGACCAAUGCAAGCGGAAUGUUUCAAGCGAAAUUUAUCAGGUACCAACGGUGGCCAAGAUUUCGACCCCGCAAUGUUGGAUGAAAUGUACAAUGCUAUCCGAAAUGAAGAAAUUGUGAUGCCUGCUGAGCAAGUUGGAAUUGUAAAGGAAAAUUAUUUAUGGAAGGUUUUAUUACGACGUGGUGAGACGAAAGAAGGUGAAUUCAUCCAUGUACCAGCAGGAUGGAAUGAUCAUGAUUUGUUUAGUAUUAUUUGGGGUCCCGCUUCCGCGGCAUUAUCAUUUGUAUUUGACAAAAGUGGAAGAGAGUCCAUUUUACAGAAAGUGUUGAAUGGAUAUCGCAAAUGUGCAUCCAUAGCUGCACAUUAUGGAAUGAGCGAUGUUUUCGAUAAUUUAAUUAUUCAUUUGUGCAAAUUUUCCACACUAAUGUCCACAAAUGAAGGUAAUCCUGAACAGAAUUUGGAAAUUCGACAAAAUGGAGUUUUGAAUGAAAAUUCUACUCAAAGUGCAGAACAGAUUGCAAUUGCCUUCGGUGAAAAUACAAAAGCACAAAUGGCCGCAAGAGUUAUGUUCCAGCUGGUCCAGGCUCAUGGUGACAUUCUUCGAGAGGGCUGGAAAAAUGUGCUCGACAGUAUUUUGCGCUUGUUUUAUGCUCGCCUGUUGCCCGCUGCAGUAACGGAAGUGGAGGAUUUUGUAGAUAGUAAAGGAUGGGUUUCAAUACAGCGAGCACCGCCGCCGAAAUUAUCAACAAACCGAAACGAAUCUGGUUUGCUUAGCUGGCUUGGACUUGGCUCGAACUAUGACAACAAGGAAUCUACGCCAACUGCCGAUCAACAACAGUUUAUUAAAAUAGCUCAAGAAGUGAUAGUUGAAUGUCAUCCGGAACAACUCAUCGUUGAUGGAAAAUAUCUCACUUCAUCCGCACUUUCUGAGCUCAUUAGUACAAUUAUUCAAACAUCUACAAAUGUUGCUCACGCUGAAAUGGAUAAAGGUGAACCUGUGGCAAGGAAGUUAAAAGAACAAGAAGAGGAUGCACUUGUACUUUAUCUGGAAAUGAUGGUUAGCAUAGCCUUGGAGAAUAAAGAUCGCCUGUUUCAAAUAUGGACACCGAUCAAGCAGCAUUUACAAUGGCUUAUGAGUAAUUUUGGUCGGAAUCCAUUGAUUGUGGAGAGGGCUGUCGUCGGCUUGUUAAGAAUUGCAAACAGGAAUUUGUACCAUCUUAAAGAUGAUAUUGCUGAUGAAGUGCUUCAGUCUUUAGGAAUUCUGCUGAAUCUGCCACCUCCAGCCAUGUUCAUGUUUUCUCGGCAAAUUGCAUACGGCUUACAUGAAUUGUUGCGUACAAAUGCUGCAAAUGUACACAAGCGUGAACAUUGGGCAAUUAUUUUUGGAUUAAUGGAAGCUGCAGGAGCAGGUGUCUAUCCGGAAGAUUUCAAUAUGCAUCUUGAUACUCUUGCUUUAUUUCAAAGAAAAUCAAAAAUUAUGAAUCGGCAAGUGCAUAGCGAUACGGAACCAAGUCUAAACCGUCCUCGAGUUGAUAACGCGGGUGAAACAGCCUCUGUUGACAAAGGUUACACAUCUGAUGUGGUUCAAGGAUCAGUGUCAUCCUUUUCUACUCUUUCGGAACAUAUUGAUAGUGCAGCUUCAUUAUUAAAGGAGACAAGCACUGAAUGGAUCCAUGUUGAUCAUAAAGAUGCAGCACUUGCUGCGCAUCAGCAGCAACUUCAACUUAGGCCAACUGGAAAGCAGCAUUUGUAUUCGAGUGUUUUCGAUCGCGGUACUGUUGUACUACGUACUAAUCUCGUCAGACACGAUCCUUUAGCGUUCCUUAAAGUGGGGGAAACGCUAGCAUUUCUGGCACGAGAUGCAGCGCACAUCACUCCGGACAACUUCGAUUCGUGUAUAGAGUGUCUGCGAUCAUGCACUGAAGCUAGUCUGGAUGGUGGGAGAUAUGCUGCUGGUCCGCUCAGUGGUGAUGUCCAAAGUCAUUUGCGGAGUGUUUUAAAGGACGAGAAGUCAAAAUAUAAUGCUAAACAAGAUAGAACCAACCACAGACAUUUAUCUCUGAAGGCCGGCAAUAAUUAUGAUGAAGAAGUGCCAUCUCAAGCUGAGCCACAGAAAUUAUCAGCAAGUUAUCAGCAGGUUGCCUUCCAGAUACUUGACUUGUGUCAUACGUUACAUGUGAAAGGUGCUACGGUAUAUCAUAGCUGGGCUGAUGGUGGGGCUGAAAUUGAUGCGAGUUUAUCAGCUCUGUGGAACCAUUGCUGGCGACCACUUUUGCAGUGUAUAGCUCGUCUUUGCUGUGACUGUAGGCGACAAGUAAGAACGCAAGCGCUUAAUUUUCUCGUGAGGUCCUUCCUAAUACCUGAAAUGCAAGCGAUGAAAGGCAAGCAGUGGGAAGAAUGUUUUGGCGAGGUACUUUUUCCUCUGCUGCAAAAACUACUUGAAAAUUUAUCACCAAUGGAUCCAAUUGGAAUGGAGGAGACACGAGUACGAGUUAUGCAACUCAUUUCGAAAAUUCUGCUCAAUCAUCUAACUCCUUUGAGUUCGCUGGAAUCAUUUCGAUCCCUGUGGUUACGUUUGCUGGAUUAUAUGGACCAGUAUCUUCAUGCAGAUCGUAGUGAUCUUUUAUCAGAAGCAAUUCCGGAAUCGUUAAAGAAUAUGAUUCUUGUCAUGGAUAAUACUGAAAUGUUCAGUACCAUACCUGAUUUGUACGAUAUGACUGUUACGCGCAUUGGUGCAUUCUUGCCAGAAUUACUUGCUGAAGUGAUGCCUGGCCCGCCAAGAAGAUUGGAUUUGUCUGGAAUGAAGCUGCAUGAGACAUCAGAGUUACUUUUACAAAACAGAAGUCCCGAGAUUAUCAACUAUGAGUCUGGAGAAGCUGCAUUCAUACUUCCUCCGCAGUUUAGUAUUGAUAGACAAGUAGUGAUUGCUCCGCCAAUUGAUUUAACCACGCAGUCACAAUCUUCAAAUCCUGAUCAGGUAGAACCUGAAAGUACCAUCUAUAACAGCAGGAAUUCAAAGUGUACCAAUUUAUCAGAGGUUGCAGUGGAGAUUCCGAUUCCAGAAUUGGAAGAAGUAAUCGUUCAUUCCGGUAGUGCUUCUCCGCCUACGCAAUCAUAUUUUGUUACACCUGAAGCAACUGCUGAAUGUUUAGCGCCAUUUCUAAAUGUAGAGGCUGAUGUUUGUAGUCGAGGUGAAACAGCAUGUGAACAACUGUCAAGUCAGCAAUUGUCAUGUGCUCAAACUGUACAAACAUACACCACUAAUUAUCCUCGAGAUACUGAAAGGCUUACAAACAUGAAUGAUGAAACGCAGCUUCCUACGUCAUCGUUGGAAACAUUUCGGGUAGCGCCACCUCAUUUAUUGUAUGCUCAACAGCCCCCGUUUGUUGGCUUACAGUCGUCGCAAAUCUCGUACCAGUUGUCUUCGGUCCCAUUGCCAGCGAUGAUGACCGUUAGUGGACCUUUGGUCCCAUCACCAAACAGUGCAUUUUCACCUCCAGUAUCUUCAUCUCUGCGGCCCGUUGUCGAACUAUCGUCGCGACUUGCUGAGUCAGCACUGAAAGAAGAGCAAAACAUAGUGGAGAAUGGCGUAGGAUGA